CCAGAGCUCAUCCGGCCUCACGCCCGGAGGCCAUGGAGGUGCUGGGGAACCUGGGGGUGCUUUUCCUCCUGCUCCUGGCAGCGCUGCUCCUGGCCUUCGGCAUUUACUGUGGCUACGUGCUAUGGGUCCACGCCAAGUACGACCACAUCCCCAGCGCCCCGCGCGAGAGCUUUCUACUUGGACAUCUGCCAAUCUUCUGGAGAAUGAUGAAGAAAAAGGAGUUUGUGCAUGAUCUCUUCCUGCAGUGGUCAGAGAAAUAUGGACCGAUUUUACGGUUUAAUGCUCUUCACAGAGUCUCAGUAAUGAUUUUGAGUCCUGAAGGAGUGAAGGAAUUCUUGAUGUCACCACAGUACCCAAAGGAUCGACUGGUGUAUGAUGGUAUCUCCAGCAUAUUUGGUGAGAGAUUUCUUGGGACUAGCUUGGUAACCGACUGCAACUAUGAUCGCUGGCACAAGCAGCGAAAGAUUAUGGAUCCAGCUUUCAGCCGGACCUACCUGAUUGGUCUGAUGGAAACUUUUAAUGAAAAAGCAGAGGAGCUGAUGGAGAAGCUAGAGGAAAAGGCAGAUGGAAAAAAAGAGUUUAGCAUGAUGACGAUGAUGAGCCGACUGACUUUGGAUGUCAUUGCAAAGAUAGCUUUUGGCUUGGAAUUAAACACGCUGAAUGAUGACCAGACACCCUUUCCACAUGCUGUAACCAUGAUUAUGAAGGGUAUGACUGAGAUGCGUAUCCCCUUUGUGCAGUACAUGCCAGGAAAACAGAAAAUGAUAAAGGAGGUCCAGGAGAGCGUGAGACUGCUGCGCCGUGUGGGCAAGGAAUGCCUUAAGCAACGGAGAGAAGCCAUGCAGAACGGGAAAGAAGCCACGUUAGAUAUUCUUACGCAGAUAUUGAAGGGAGAUGUUCUGAAGGAAAUUAGAGAUGAUGAAAAUAUUCUGGAUAACUUUAUUGCUUUCUUUGUUGCUGGUCAUGAAACAACUGCCAAUCAGUUGUCAUUUACAGUAAUGGCACUGGCUCAGCAUCCUGAAAUAUUGGAAAGACUUCGGGCUGAAGUGGAUGAAGUUAUCGGUGCCAAGAGAGACAUUGACUAUGAGGAUCUUGGAAAACUCAAGUACUUAUCACAGGUUUUGAAGGAAUCACUACGAUUGUACCCCCCUGCCGCAGGGACUGUACGCUGGACAGGGAUAGAAAAUGUCAUCGAUGGCAUCAGGAUUCCAGCAAACACAACACUCAUGUUCAGCACUUAUAUAAUGGGAAGGAUGGAACAGUAUUUCAAGGACCCACUCACUUUCGAUCCAGACAGAUUUAGCGAAGAGGCACCAAAGCCAUAUUACUCCUACUUUCCAUUCUCUUUGGGACCCCGAUCCUGUAUUGGGCAGGUUUUUGCACAGAUGGAGGCGAAAGUGGCUAUGGCAAAAUUGGUGCAGAGGUUUGACAUCCAGCUGGUACCAGGGCAGAGUUUUAAAAUCUUGGAUAAUGGCACCCUUAGGCCACUAGAUGGAGUCAUGUGUACACUGAAGCCAAGGAGCCUCCCGAAAGACUUCCAAAUGUGAUUGUCAGGAAAGGGAGCGUGAAGUGGUAGUGGCAGAGUUUCUUCUGAUUUUGAAGAUUUCCCCACUAAUCAAAGGUUAGAUUUUGCAGAUGCCUUCAGAGGAUUACUAGACUGAAAAUUUUCCUUUCCAUAUUACUUAUUGGAGAAAACCUUAGGGGAUUAAUUCUAGAUAUGUUUGAAUAUCUUCCGCCUAGAGGCUUGUUUUUUUUCUUCACCAGGGACUAUAUGAUUCUGACCAGACUUUGAAAAGAACAUCCCUUCACUGCAGUAUCCCUGGUAGCUGCAAGCAAACCUGAGCCAAAUCCCAGCUGAUAUUUUCCACUAAUUCCACUUACAGUACAAGAUGAUCUAAGUAAAGGGCUUGAAGUUACUCAGAAAUUACUUAGUUCAGGUGGUUUAUUAUUUACACAGUGAAUCAAACACUCAGUAGGAGCAUAAGGUUUGGGCUGAAUUCAGGAACAAGAGUUUGAAGAUAUUGUCUUGGUCCAAACAAUUUUUCUCUUCCUACUCUAAAUAAGAAUACGGAUUGCUAGAAGCAAUCUGAAGUAGAAAUCAUUACUAUUGGCCAUUAGUUUUUCCUGUUACUUCAGCCUCACUUUUCUUCAGUGUCUCCCACUUUUCUUCCAAUACUGUUCAGAGCAUAGGUUCACAAUCCAUUUAAGCCAGUGCUGUCAAAAGAGGCCCUCUGCUUUUCUCUGCCCCCCACUCAUUCUCAUGCAAUACUAUAGUUUUUAGGAGGCCUUACUGGGUAACCCUUACUGGGUUAACCCAAAUCAGUUUCUGUCUGGCUCACCAUGAAGUGGUAUGAACACUUGGACCAGACAGCCUAGUAAGUACAGCAGCCUUGGAAGUAAGUGCCUGGAAGAAGAUGCUGCUUAAAGUGACAUUGCCUCCGAAGAAACGUGCACUGAACUUGAGCCAGAGGCAAUGGAACAUCCUGCACCCUCCUUUGCUGCUACUGCUCCAAAAUUGCUCACUGCUUGCCAGCUUUCAAAGAGCCUGUCUCUGAUACGGGAAAAAUGAUGUGUGAAAAUCCCAUAUUCCAGAAAUAUUUGGAUAGUAUUUGGGCAUAAGAUCUAUCUUGAAAUAAAGGAAAUUCAAAGAUCUAUCUUGAAAUAAAGGAAAUUCAGGACUUUGUUA